GGUUCUCCCUAGCCGGACAGAAGAACCCAAAAAAAACAAAAAAAGAAAAAUUCUUUGUCGAUUUCCCACUCUCUGGGCACCACAAAUUACCAGAGACGGUGGCUCGAAUAAAUUGAACUUACCAUUCUCAAUCAACUAACCCCACUUCUCUACUAGUUAUAAGACGUGCUUCCUUCCCUUUCAGAGAUAUUAUAUUCGUGAUUAAUGUUUGAUCACUAAAACAUCGAUGGCCAAUCCUUUAAAGAAGUUGGUUUCAUGUGUCAUCCUUGAUUUGGAUGGUACACUUCUCAACACUGAUGGUGUAGUAGGCGAGGUUUUGAAAGGUUUUUUGGGUAAGUAUGGGAAACAAUGGGAUGGAAGAGAAGCUCAAAGAAUAAUAGGAAAAACACCAUUGGAAGCUGCUGCAGCUAUUGUUGAAGAAUAUGGGCUUCCUUGUGGAAAAGAUGAAUUUCUCGCGGAACUCCAUCCUAUAUUCUCUGCUCGGUUAUGCAACAUUAAACCUCUUCCAGGUGCCAAUCGGCUACUUAAACAUUUGAGUGGUCAUGGCGUGCCUAUGGCUUUAGCUUCAAACUCUCCAAGAGGAAACAUAGAAUCCAAAAUUUCUUAUCACCAAGGUUGGAAGGACUACUUCUCCGUCGUUGUUGGUGGUGAUGAAGUGACCGCAGGGAAGCCAAAUCCUGAAAUAUUCUUGGAAGCAGCUAAAAGUCUAAACACCGAACCUUCAAGUUGCCUAGUCAUUGAAGAUUCUAUGCCAGGUGUUACAGCUGGUAAGGCUGCUGGAAUUGAAGUGGUUGCUGUGCCAUCUGUUCCAAAACAAGCUCAUCUUUACACCUCGGCAGAUGAAGUGAUCAAUUCUCUGCUUGAUUUGCAACCUGAAAAGUGGGGCCUACCUUCAUUUCAAGAUUGGGUAGAGGGAACUUUGCCAAUAGAACCCUGGUAUAUUGGUGGUCCUGUCAUUAAGGGAUUUGGUCGUGGGUCAAAAGUACUUGGAAUCCCUACAGCCAAUUUGUCAACAGAAGGCCAUUCAAGUCUCCUUUCAGAACAUCCUUCAGGGGUAUAUUUUGGUUGGGCUGGAUUAUCUACAAGAGGUGUUUAUAAAAUGGUCAUGAGUAUCGGUUGGAACCCGUAUUUCAACAAUGCUGAAAAGACUGUAGAGCCAUGGUUGCUUCAUGAAUUUAAUGAAGAUUUCUAUGGUGAGGAAUUGCAUCUUGUCAUAGUUGGCUAUAUUCGACCUGAGGUUAAUUUCCCAUCCCUUGAAAGCCUGAUAGCAAAGAUUCAAGAGGACAGAAAGAUUGCAGAGACUGCCCUUGAUCUUCCCUUGUACUCAAUACACAAGGACGACCCAUAUCUAAAAAGUUCUUAGCAUAGGGAAUGCAAUCAUUCAUGAUUUACUGGAUUUUCAUAACUUCCUUUGGUGACAAAUGCACCUAUUGGGAAGGACACUAUUGUUUCCUUAUUUCGAUCAAAUAGGUCAGUCCCAAUAAACACAAUUGGCAUGAAGCAAUGCCCAGUAAGGCAGAACGAUUGAUAAAGAUCAUGUAUUUCCUUGUUUAUUUUUUUCAAUUACUAUAUACUUGUAUUGGGAAACAAUGAAGAAAUGCAAUUGUUUUUGGAUUCAAUCUUUA